ACUACGUUUUUGCUAUUCCAGAUGUUAACAACUGUAAUAAUAUUUAUAGUUCAGGUGUUGAACCAUUUAAGUGUAUUCAUCAGCAGGUUUUCGGAAUUUAAUCAUAGUGUGAUUAUAUUGGAAGUGCCACUGAAGAUCAUAAUAUCGUUAUCGCCCGCGCUGCUAGCAGAGAUGGUGAACAGUGAAAUAGACAAAAUGAAACUGUGCAUAAUAAAGCAGUUGCUUGUGGUUCGAGGAGAAAACACUCGUGACGCUAUUGAAGACAGCAUGAUGUACUUCCAUCACAAUCCUUUCAAGUACACAAUAUGGCGACUGUUCACGUUAGACAUGACGCUGAUACUGAGCACCAUCGGUCUCCUCACCACCUAUACAGUGGCUAUAGUGCAGUUCACGCAUUUCUUGGAUUAAUCAUUACGUUCUAUUAUAAACCUAAACAAAUCAAAGUUUGUUAAAAAUAUUAUUCAUAGCAACUUUGAGGAGCACCGUGUUAUUAAGAAAAAUGUGGUUAUUAUUAUAAACGCAUAUUAUGUCUUGUAGGUAAGAAAACACAUUAUGUUAUAGUCUGUAGUUAACUGUAUCCUCUUGAUUGUCGCGAGUUCUGUGUCAUACAUCUGAAUUCAUUAUUUUAUUUAUUAACGUCUUACGAUGAAUGUAUUUACUGAGUUCAUAAAAGGUUCAGAUCAAAAAUGUAAUUUACGUACCUAAUGGGUAAUUUACGAUGUAUAUUAUCAGUAAAAUUAUCACUAAGCAUCAAAACUGAACAAAAGACCUUAUCGCGAAAUAAGUAGGUAGGUAUAGUCUAAAUAUAAGCUUCAUCAUUCAUGUAGGUUUAUAUUUUGUGUUUUUCUGCACGAUAUAGAAAUGUUCAUUUAAGUAAAUUACAUUAAGUUCACAACUUGCGAGAAUUACUUUUAGAAAAUUCAAGGAAGUCUCAAUUUUCCUUUAGAUGUAAAAUUUUAAAACAAUAUAUGUAUUUUCUAAGUUAAUCGAAAUGUAAUA